AAGGAACAAGGAAGUUCCGGGUGGGAUUUGCGAUACCCACCCACCUUGCAAGCUGCUCAAACUGUGUUGAUUUUCGCCGGCCUCCGUUAGUAAUUGCCCAUGUCCGACACACUGUGCAAAAUGCGUGUUUCUCAAAUAAUAAGUGCUCCACAGAUCAAGGCUGUAUGCACCAGUGCAGCUGAUAACCUGGAGGGCUUCAAAGCACAUGCGGUCUUCCAGGAAAUCAACAAAAAGCUACAAGAGGAUGGGGAGCAGUUUGUGAAGAAAAUUGGUGGGGUUUUUGCAUUCAAAGUCAGGGACGGACCAGAUGGUAAGGAGGCCACCUGGAUUGUGGACGUUAAGAAUGGCAACGGCUGCGUUCACAAUGACACAGCCAAGAAAGCUGACUGCACCAUUGCCAUGUCGGACGGCGACUUGUUGGCCCUCAUGACGGGGAAAAUGAAUCCUCAGACCGCUUUCUUCCAAGGCAAGCUGAAGAUCACAGGGAACAUGGGCAUGGCCAUGAAGCUCCAGAGUCUGCAGCUGCAGCCGGGCAAAGCCAAGCUGUGAGGGCCGGAGGAGGACCAGCGGCGGGGAGAGAGGCUCGCAGGCCUCCAUCCCGCUCCACCACACCCCCACAGCCCACAACCCUCCGUAGACUGGGCCGCAGAGAUUCGCCGACGUGGAUUAGACGAGACCAGACCAGACGAGACCAGACAAGACGAGACUCUGGCUUCAUUUGUACGAAUUUGGGAGUGACGGGAGAGAAAUUGGAGACAACAAAGGAAGGAAGGAUGUGUCCUCUUGUUUUGGCUCCUUUCACUUUCACUGCUGUUUGUUUGUUUGUUUGUUUGUUUGUUUGUUUGUUUGUUUUCCUAACAAGGUAACACCACUCUAGAUUGGUAGAGACUCUACGUGUGCACUUUUUUAAUAUUAAUGCAAUUUGAUCUCUUGGUGACUGAAACGUUUCUCUGUUAAACAAAGAGAGGAAAUAAAGAGGGGCAUCAUUUUCAUUUCCUUUCUGUGAAAAUAGUCUGUACUGUACAUGCUACUCUUCCUGCAUUAUUCCACACAGCGCUAUGUGAGUGUGGAUGUGUGCCUGUGUCUACUCUUACAGGGGAGCUACACCACCCCACCACCGCGCUGAACUGAAGCGUUCCGUUCGCGACGCAUAAAAUCCAUUUUAGAAGACUGGUCUAUUUCUUUUGAAUGUACUGUACGCCCCACUGUCACGUCUAGUGUAGCUACUUCCACUGAUUAUAGGGAUUAUUAGUUGCUGCAGCAUACGCGUCGCGAGCAGAACGCUUCAGUUACGCGCCUGGUAUAGCUCCCCUCUUGCUCUUGUGACAACUGAGAAAGCUGUCAAGUGCCUGCAGUGUUUGCAGUACAUUCCAGCGACUGUGUGUUGACAUGUUCCAUCAUCUUGGAAAGAGAGAGAAAACGUUCUUCUGUAAUCACCGAUACUGUCCAAGGGCUGUAUUUGAAGAGUGCGAUGUCAAUAGAAAUGAAACCACUACGCAUUGUAUUUUGUUUUUGUGCAUUUUAGGCCCACUUUCUUUCUUUAAUGACCCAGCUGGUACUGUACCAUGUCAGAGCAGUGGUCUCAGUUUGACACUCAUCAGAGAUGUCAGUUGUUGCAGUUGUGCAUACUCUUCAGACAUGCCCCUGACAUUGGCCACUUUCCAGAAUUUUCUUAAUGAUUGCCCAGCGGAUGUUAGAUUUUAUACUAAAUAAACCUUGAGUAUGAUUGAAUUGACCCUGAGUGCUUAUGAUUAAUCAUAGUGCCACUUGAGCUGAUAACUUGAAGCCGCUCUUCAUCUGUUGUACAGUCAUCAUUCGUUUAAAUGUCAUUACCUUCCAUUCAUGAUUUCAAUGGCAUUCCUCUUCAGUUAUGUGGGGAAUCAUCUGAAUGGCUGAUGUAAAUUGAUGUCUUUUAUGUCACUCUGAAGAUAUUUGACCAUUUUGAAAUAAAUAGUACUACUGAUUGAUUGAA